CCCGAGUGCGAACCCCAUCUCCCCUCUCCGCCAGUUCCCCCUUUUCCCGUUCCUUUUCUUCUUCCGUCCUCUGCCGACCACCUCGGAUUCGCUCGUCGACAGCUCCGAAGCCCCCGAAAAAUUGAAGUAGGUCGAAGAAUUAUCGCUCGAUUUCGUCGGCAAGUUGGUCCUCCUAGGGUUUUGAUUCAUCGAUCUCGCUUUAUUGCGGAUUUCGCAUUCUUCUUGAGGUGUUUGGAGCUCGAUCUUCGAUCUUCUCUCCUAGGGUGCUUUUGCCCCAUCGGUCUAACUUGCUAUCAGUUGUUAGAUACCAGAUAAUUGCAACUACUGGGUGUAAGUGCAGUAAUGCCAACAUAUAGAUGCCUCGAAUGAAUUUGAUUAGCUGUCUUUAUGCAAUUACUGUUGAGAUCAUUCUCUGAUAUGGCAGUUGUGCGAUCCAUAUAGUGCACUUUAUUGCUUGAUUAGUUGAUUCUGAAAGGAAAAGGGGAAAUACUUGGCUAUAGUUGUUUCAUGGCUGCGCACUCAUUAGCCCAUCAGGAUCAUAAUCUAGUUGUUCCAGACCAUUCUCUUGUCAUUGGCCAAGAGUUCCCGGAUGUGGAAACCUGCAGAAGGACGCUUAAAGAUAUUGCUAUUGCUUUACAUUUUGAGCUCCGGAUUGUGAAAUCCGAUCGCAGCCGAUUCAUAGCUAAGUGCUCCAAGGAAGGAUGCCCCUGGCGGGUUCAUGUGGCUAAGUGCCCUGGUGUCCCAACCUUCUCAAUCAGGACGUUGCAUGGGGAGCAUACAUGUGAAGGAGUUUGUAAUCUUCAUCACCAGCAAGCUACUGUGGGUUGGGUUGCCAGAUCUGUGGAGGCCCGACUCAGAGACAAUCCGCAAUACAAGCCAAGGGAGAUAUUGCAAGAUAUCCGUGAACAGCAUGGUGUUGCUGUGUCUUACAUGCAAGCUUGGCGUGGGAAAGAGCGAAGCAUGGCUGCAGUCCAUGGCACUCUUGAGGAUGGAUAUCGCUUUCUUCCAGCAUACUGUGAACAAAUGAGGAAAACAAAUCCUGGGAGCAUUGCAUUAGUUUAUGCAACGGGUCCAGAAAACUGCUUCCAUCGUCUGUUUAUUUCCUACCGUGCAUCAAUUUAUGGUUUUCUGCAUGCUUGCCGGCCUCUAUUGGAACUUGAUAGGGCACAUCUUAAAGGAAAGUACCUUGGAACUUUGCUUUGUGCCUCAGCUGUUGAUGCUGACGACGCAAUAUAUCCAUUGGCAUUUGGUAUUGUGGAUGCUGAGAGUGAUGAAAAUUGGAUGUGGUUUCUAUCAGAAUUGCGAAAACUUCUUGGAGUUAAUACAGACAAGAUGCCUGUAUUAACAAUAUUGUCUGAGAGACAGAAAGGCAUUGUAGAAGCAGUUGAGACCCACUUUCCCACUGCUUUUCAUGGUUUCUGCCUACGUUAUGUAAGCGAGAGCUUCCGUGAUGAGUUCAAAAAUUCAAAAUUAGUCAACCUCUUUUGGAAUGCUGUUUAUGCUCUCACUGCAGCUGAAUUUGAGGCAAAGGUAGCCGAGAUGAUGGCAGUUCAAGAUGUUAUGCCAUGGUUCCGUCUCUUUCCACCGAACCUCUGGGCUGUUGCACACUUUGAAGGGGUCCGUUAUGGUCACUUCACUCUGGGAAUUACAGAGAUGUUGUAUAAUUGGGCCCUUGAUGGCCAUGAGCUUCCUAUAGUGCAAAUGAUGGAACACCUACGCUAUCAGUUAACCGCUUGGUUUAAUGAUCGUCGCAAUAUGGGAAUGUCAUGGACCUCAGUUCUUGUUCCAUCUGCUGAGAAGCUAAUUUCAGAAGCCAUUGCUGAUUCACGUUGUUAUCAAGUCCUUCGUGCAAAUAAAGUGGAGUUUGAAAUUGUAUCGUCAGAGAGAACAAAUAUUGUUGAUAUACAGAGUCGCUGUUGCUCAUGUCGUCGGUGGCAAAUUUAUGGUAUCCCAUGUGCACAUGCAGCUGCUGCAUUGCUGUCUUGUGGCGAGGAUGUCCGACUCUAUGCACAAGAGUGUUUCAGUGUUAGGAAAUACAGAGAGGCCUAUUCACAAAUGAUAUAUCACAUUCCAGACAGAACUCUUUGGAAGGAGUCAGGUGAGGGAACAGCAGGUGGAGCUGGCAAAGCAGAUAUUAUUAUACGCCCACCCAAGAUUCGUCGGCCACCUGGGCGCCCCAAAAAGAAGGUUCUUCGGAUAGAAAGUUUGAAGCACCCAAAGCGAGUUGUUCAAUGUGGCCGUUGUCAUCUAUUAGGGCAUUCUCAAAAGAAAUGCACAUUGCAAAUCUGACAGUUUUGGACAUUUUCUUCUUCAAUUAAAAUCUUUGCUAUAUUCUUAUAUAUGAAAGGAAAGUAGAAUUAGUGUUGUAUCGUGGCAUAUAAGUAUGUUCUAAUUUUUCUCGUCCUUACUAUAUGUUCUUUAUUUGAUUAAAGCUAAGGAUGCUGUCCUUUUAUGAAAGCCUAUUAUGGAUUGUAAUUUUACAUUAUAGAGAUCAAUCAAAGCCAAAUCCAUGCUUUCUUGUA